UGAACAUUCGACUCAACCAAUCAGCAUCGGCGCCGCUACUAGCUAAGGAUAUAGCUCCACGCAGCCACAUUGCUUUGUAACAUUUCCACGUUAUAUAUUCUAUAUUUAGCUGGUAACCAAGAUAUAAUAAUUCCGCGGUGAAAGAAAGUUACCAUUCGCAUCGGGAGCACACGAAACCGAAGCGAUGACAGGCUCAAACGAGUACAAGCUAAACCAGGGACCAGAUGACAGCAUCUCUGCUGUCAAGUUCAGCCCCAGCGCAACACAGUUCCUCCUGGUUUCCUCCUGGGAUGGCACUGUGCGCCUAUUCGAUGUGGGAAGCAACACCAUGCGGAUGAAGUACCAGCACUCAGCUCCCGUUCUUGACUGUGCCUUUUAUGACCCAACUCAUUCUUGGAGUGGAGGUUUAGAUGCACAAUUAAAAACUCAUGAUUUGAACACAGACCAAGAUACAAUAGUUGGAACACAUGACGCCCCCAUUCGUUGUGUGGAAUACUGCCCAGAGGUUAACGUCAUGGUAACGGGCAGCUGGGACAGAUCAGUUAGGCUGUGGGACCCAAGGACGCCCUGCAACGCUGGCACCUUCACUCAGCCUGAAAAGGUGUAUACCCUGUCUGUGGCUGGAGACAGGCUGAUCGUUGGCACAGCCGGGAGACGAGUCCUGGUGUGGGAUUUGAGGAACAUGGGCUACGUACUGCAAAGGAGAGAGUCCAGUCUCAAGUAUCAGACUCGCUGCAUCAGGGCCUUCCCCAACAAACAGGGCUACGCCUUGAGUUCAAUCGAGGGACGUGUAGCUGUGGAGUACCUGGACCCAAGCCUGGAGAUUCAGAAGAAGAAGUAUGCCUUCAAAUGCCACAGACUGAAGGAGGAGGGAAUCGAGCAGGUUUACCCUGUCAAUGCCAUUUCCUUUCACAGUAUCCAUAACACCUUUGCCACAGGUGGCUCGGACGGCUUUGUGAACAUCUGGGACCCUUUCAACAAGAAGCGCCUGUGUCAGUUCCACAGGUACCCGACCAGCAUCGCCUCACUGGCCUUCAACAACGACGGCACCAUGCUCGCCAUCGCCGCCUCCUACAUGCACGAGAGGGGAGACAUCAACCACCCGGAGAACACCAUCUUCAUCCGCCAAGUCACAGACGCCGAGACGAAACCCAAGUGAGUGUCCCUCACCCCUCGUGUCCUCACUGUGGCAGUCCGCUACUCACCCAAUCUUGUAUGCAGCUGCAUUUACAAGGAGACACGUCCAGCUGCACAAUAUGCCGAUCGGUAUCUCUGUCCGUCCACUUUUCAAUAUCCGACAGUUGAAAGAUAGACAGAUGAGAACUUGGAAAUCCUCCCCCCCCCCCCCCCAGUAUGUGUAUGUGUGUAUGCUGCUGUAAAUAUAGAACCCUGCUGUACCCCCACAAUAGCCCUGUAUUAAAUACUACUUUUGUGAAACUAAAUCAAUGUUUGACCAGGAACUUUUAUAAUACCGUUGAUUGUUUUUAUGCAUUAUAUGGUCGGAUAUAUUGGACUCAAACAGUAACACAUUGUUGGUCAAAUGUUUUGCUCCUCCGAGGACAUUUGUCGUUUUCUGAAGACCAAGGUUUGAUUUUGUUGUAAUAUUGGUACAAAAAUGCUCCCACUUAUGUUCCACAGUAGCCACAUGACUUUCUCACUGUUCAUCCGAAAUAGGGAUGCACCAAGAACCCAACCCAUACCAGUGUAUAAUAAUAUGUAUGCAUUCAAACUCCAUAUUUAAUGUAUAUACUAUAUAAACAACAACUCAAAUCAUCUAUAGCCAACCCAACUGUUUGAGUAUCAGCCCGAUAUCUCUAUUGGUGCAUCCCUAGAUCAAAGUGUAAUCAAUAAACUUCUAAAACAUGUAUUUUAGCAGCUCUUUGUUUUGGUCAUACUGUUGACCCUCAGUCAGAAACACUUUAAACAUAAUUCAGUAAAUGGGAUAUCACUUGUCUCCAUGUAUGGUUCAGGGUUAGCUCCAGAGUUUUGAAUGGGUUUAAAUCUCCUGUUUUUGGUUCACAGGUCAACCUAAGUGGGCCUGGGAAUGGUUCCCUCUGCGUAUGAAGCCUUUAUCACAUUUGGGUUAUCUGCUGGCAUCCAGUGUACCAUUACCAUAUAUAUCGCUGUCAUUUAUUACAAUUCCAAGAACAGUUUUUAUUUCCCUCUUUGACUUCUUGUUUGUUCUAACUCUACUUUGUGUCUCUUGUUUUAUGUAUCUUUUGUAAACCAACUUUUGUUUUCUUGACUAAAGCUUAAUUUUAUAUUCUCCUAUUUUGUCUUGUUCUGCUUGGUUAUUGUGCAGUGGAUGAUGGAGUUACAUUGAAUCUUGUAACACUGAUUACAUUUUGUUUUGUUUUAAACGUUGACAGUAUGAUAAAACAUGUUUAUAUCAA